UCAAUAGCUAAUAUAUAUAAUAAUUGACAGUUCAAAAUAAGAAAAACGUAGGUAGACAAGGUUUUUAUUUAACGAUAUACGUAGGAGCUGAUUAUUCGUAAUUAUGUUCGCAUCAAUUCGUAGCUCGUUUAACACCCUUUACGCAAUGACUUAUUCAUCGUUCCCCCACGACGAUCUAGUGCAUAGUUAGCGCGUAAUAUAUUGUUAAUGAGUGUGAUUGUGAAUUCUUGCCACUGUUAAUCGAUAUAAAAUAAUUCGAAUUUGCACUAAAAUAAUAAUUGGUCUAUUAUACGUGUAAGAAUUUCGCGGGCAAAUGGCGGAUCAAUAUCUCACCCCCACGCGGAUCUAAGCGGCAUUCCCGAUCGUCAAAGAUUUAUACAAAGUAAUUAUUAAUUUUACUUGAAGCGUUACUGCGUGAACAGUGAAAAAGGUAAUAUCACUCUUUCAGAAUUAAGCGAGAUAAAAUUGGCAAAACGUUCCGAUUUAUCAAUUGAAUUCCCUUCGUGGAUGUUAAGUACCUUGCUGCUUAAACAUCAUUUUGAGACAGUUAUGACGUGCGUGCGAAGAUGCCGGAGGAACAACGAUCAGCGUGUUUCCAGACAGUGGAAACGCUGAUAAUGAAUCUCUAUAAAGUUGAACAUCAUAUUUUAUAUUUAAUACAAACUAAAAAAUUUAAAAAAGAGUUUAUAUAAUAAUUUCUUUGAUGCAGUUAAACAGUUUUAACUGUAUAUUAUUAUACGAUGAAAACAUAAUGCUUAAUAUACCAGGUGCUGAGCCAAAAUACUACCUCUGUUACAUGUACAAAGUUACAAAACUAAUCGUAUUAGAAGUAAAAUAAAAAUAUUGAUUAUGCAUAUGAAUGUACACACAUAUAUAAAUUUCAAUGUAAAUGGAGAAAUAUAUACUGAUUUAUAAACAUUCGCGUGUGAACGUGUAAUACAAAGGGAGUUAAAUCAGUUCUUCCUAGAUACAUGUCUCAUGUUGGAUAAGGUAUCACUUGUAAACAAUAUGGCAAAAAGAAAUUUGAUGAUAAUAAUUUAUUGACAAAUGCGUAAAGCUAAUAACUCAAAAAAACCAUCUAUUGAAUGAACAAAAAUGAGUAUUCCAUAUGAUGAAAACUUGGUAUGGAUAGUAGUGGUUGGAUUUUUAGUGGCCUUUAUUUUGGCAUUUGGUAUUGGAGCAAAUGAUGUUGCAAACAGUUUUGGAACAAGCGUUGGUGCAGGAGUACUUACAAUAGUUCAAGCAUGUAUUUUGGCAACUGUUUUUGAAAUUGCUGGAGCGAUCCUAAUUGGCUAUAAGGUCUCCGAUACUAUGAGAAAGGGUAUACUAGAUGUUAAAUUAUAUGAAGGCCAUGAAAAAGAAUUAAUGGUAGGUGCAUUGUCUAGUUUAGCUGGAUCUGGCAUCUGGCUUUUAUUAGCAACAGCAUUGCGGUUGCCUAUUUCUGGAACACAUUCUAUUGUUGGUGCUACUGUUGGAUUUUCACUUGUCUGUAAAGGUACUGCAGGGGUGAAAUGGAUAGCUCUUACAAAUAUAGCAGCAUCAUGGAUUGCGAGUCCUGUACUUAGUGGAAUUGUAUCAGGUGCUAUAUUUUGGCUUCUAAGAAAAUCAGUAUUGCAAUCUAGCAAGCCUUUAGAAAAAGGUCUUCAUAUUCUCCCAUUAGCAUAUGGUCUCACUGUUGCUAUAAAUGUUCUAUCAGUUGUACUCGAUGGACCUAAACUUUUAAUGAUGGAUAAAUUGCCAUGGUGGGGUAGUUUAUUAGCUGCAGUAGGUUUUGGUUUAUUUUCAGCCGUCAUUGUUUAUGUAUUUGUUGUUCCAUGGCAAAGAAAGAGAAUAUUACUUUCACUGAAUAGCAACGAAAAAACAACAACAACAACAAAAUUUGGUACCUGUGAUAAAAAAGAAACUACAGCAUUAUCUGUUAUUUCUGAAGUUCCGUGUAGUAGUAAUAGUAGUAGUAAUGGUAAUGCAAAAGAAGCUGCGCCAAAAUUACGUGGUAACAGCAGUGCAAGUCCUCUUUUAAUGGUAGCUGGAUCAGAUAUCGAGGGUGUUCAGAACGAAACUGAAAGAAGAGUCGAAGAACAGCCAGAAAUAUCUAAACUGUUUGCCUUUUUGCAAGUAUUAACUGCAGCAUUUGGUAGUUUCGCACAUGGUGGUAAUGAUGUCAGUAAUGCAAUAGGACCACUUAUUGCACUUUGGGCUGUAUAUGCAGAAGGAUCAGCUAGGCAAGAAGCAGAAACUCCAAUGCUUAUAUUACUUUAUGGUGGCGUAGGAAUAUCAGCUGGUCUUUGGGUAUGGGGACGUAGAGUUAUACAAACCUUAGGACAAGAUUUAGCACGUAUCACACCAACUACUGGAUUCACUAUAGAGGUAGGAGCAGCGGUAACAGUUUUGUUGGCAAGUAAGGCUGGUUUACCUGUGUCAACAACUCAUUGCAAAGUAGGAUCAGUUGUUUGUGUCGGAUGGGCUUCGAGUGGUGGUGAGGGAGUUUCAUGGAAAUUAUUUCGGAAUAUUGCAUUCGCGUGGGUGAUUACUGUACCAAUGGCUGGCUGCUUGUCUGCAGGAUGCAUGGCUAUUUUCAAAGAAAUACUUAGUUUGUGAUUUUACUGUCAGGG